AUGGACUUGCUUCGGGUCCUCGCCUCCGUUCUGAUAGCGCGAGAGACCGACGAGGCCUCUGUGAAUAAUGGCCCCGCUGGUCUCGGCAUUAUCUGGACCAUGGUCGUUCUGGCCUGGCUCAUUGUGCUCCUGCGGCUCUAUACGCAAGCACGGAUCACUGGCCAGUACGGCCUCAGCGAUUACCUGAUGCUUGUCUCCGUGAUCAUCAUCACCGCCUUUGCGUCCCUCAUAUCCGUGCAAUACCACUACGGCUGGGGCCGCCACCAGGCCUAUGUGGACGAUGCCGAUCUUGUCCAGUUCUUCAAGUUCAACAUCACCAGCCAGUCCUUUGGAAUCCUGGGCUCGACCCUGGGCCGCCUCUCCUUUAUCGUCUUCAUGGUUCAGCUCUUCGGCUUCAAGAAGAGCCUUGCUCGUGGCCUCUGGGUCCUCUUUGCGCUGCAGUGCAUCACCAACGGUGUUGCCAUCAUCUGCAUCUAUGCGCAGUGCUCCGAUGCCCGCGCCCUCUACAACCACUCUGUCGUGGCCGACUGCUGGCCAGAUUACGUCCAGACCUACAUUGGCUAUGGCCACACUAGCUUUAAUGCCCUGACUGACCUGAUCCUGACUGUGCUGCCGCUAAAAAUGAUCUGGAACUUGCAGAUGAAGCUGCGCAUAAAGAUCUCCGUCGCCGUACUCCUUAGCAUGAGUAUCCUUGCUUUUGUCGGCGUUAUCAUGAAGAUUGUCUAUCUGAGAGCCCUGUCUCAUCGUGGUGAUGCCACCUACAACACCGUCCCCAUGUUUGCCUGGAUUGUCGUCGAGGGCACGCUCGUCGACAUUGCCGGCUCCGUUCCGCUUCUGCGUCCGCUCUUCAAACCCUACCUCGGCGACAGCUCCACGGCACGGCCACACUACGAACUAUCACCCUUUUCUGCUCCCCUCAGCCAGUCUACCGCCACUGCUGGCGGCUUCAGCUUCAACAAGCUGCGCGAGGCUACCCACAGUAAUGUCCUUAAGAGCGCCGUCGUGCAUGGCAGCGGCAGUCAGGAGGACAUUCUCAGUGCCAGCGGCGUUGGCCCUAGCCACAACGGAAAGAUCACCGUCAGGGAGGAGUUCAUAGUCGAUUACGGCACCGACAACAAGAUUGCUAGCCCGCCGACCCCUAGCCGGAGCUCCACGCAAAGAGGCCCAAGCCGCACCUCGUGGUCUGCUUAG